UGUUGGAAAAGAGAUGGAGGGAGAAAGAGAGGCAGAGAAAGAAGAAGAACAACAACAGAUUGUUGAAAAAGAGAUGGAGGGAGAAGGAGAGAAUGAGGUAGAUCCAGCCAACCAUCUCGAUGGAUCAGAUUCCUAUGAAGAAGAGAAAGGCUCGGCCGCUGCCAGCCAGCCCAACGGGGACAUUUAUCCCACAUGGCCGAGCCACCACAAAGAGCCGCAGACGGAGGGAGCUUCUCUGACACAAACCGCCUCCGUGACAGACCCGAGUCUGAAUCUGGGCGAGGAGGAAACACAGAGUUCGGAGGAGCUGGAGCGACUUGAAACGCCGUCGCUGACAUCCUCUUCUGGAGGACAUCGAGCGGAAACAACAGCUGACGACAUCCGAGAUAUUACACCUGAGCUACGGACAGGUUGCAGGCUGGAGCAGAAACAAGUGUCGUUGAUGGAUGCAGCUGCUGAGUCAUCGUUAACGGCUGGACGAGAAAGCAAAGAGCUCAGUCUGUCCCCAAACUCAUCCAGCACAGGAAGCCCUGCGAUGGACGUGAAGGAGGACAAAGGAGAGAAAGAGGAAGGAGGUAAAAACAAUGUGAACGGCGAGGCAGACGCAGCGGAGGACACGAAGAAAGGCAGCGGCAAGACGUCAUUGUACAAAACUGUGUCCUACAGAAGGAUCCGUAGAGGAAACACCCGGCAGAGGAUUGAUGAGUUUGAGGCCAUGAUGGACUCAUGAUCAAACCAACCCUAAAUAUUGUCAAAGGGUUUAGUUCUGAUGGCUUUUUGUGUUCUUGUGCUUGAGGAUGACGACACCUAGUGGUAACCAACGCAUUCUCAUGAACGGGUUCGUAUGAUAUCGCACAAAAAGUUACGUACAACAAUUCCUAUGACAUCCUACAAAAUAUGCGCCUCCAUGCCGGCUGGUCACGUGACGACCAGUCACAGGAAAGUUAAGUUCAGCAGGCGGUCUUCACAGUUACAUAGCCGAGAAAAGGUUACUGGGAGCCAGGUAUCGUUUCAGGACCCGAUGCAGUUGAGUUUAGUCGACAAAAAGUGACUUUAAGUCGGGUAGAUAGCACCAUGAGCUGUCGGUCAUUACAGGGCUCGUGGCAGUUGAGUUUAGCCGACAAAAAGUGAGCGUUAUGCAGCGACGACAGUUAAGUCUCUAGGCACCAAAAUGACUAGUUAAGUUUAGGAAAAAGAUUGUGUUUAGUAGUACUCGUGCAGGACAUGCGGGUUGAACCCUCAGGUUUUAGGACCCGCCCAUCCUCCCCAACAUCCUCACUCACUCACAAGUCACUGUGGUGCUGACAACAUUAAAUAUGUGGAAAACAUAGGAAUUACAGUGCAUUACUUUUUCGUAGCGAUAUGUACGAAUGGUUCAUGAGAACAGCUUGUGGUAACACAAAGAGAAAAGUAGUGGGCUCAGGAUAGAGCCGUGUGGCACGCCAUAUUGAAAUGUAACUUUUCCAAUUUUGUGAAUGAAAGGCGCUAAAUACAUCUUAUUUGUUUGUAUAGCACCUAAAGGCCACAGGUUUGAGCUCUCAGUUAAUGAAAAUGUUUGUCAUCAAAGUGUCGUCCAGCAGAAUCAAAUCACUUCUAUUUUUGUAGCUGUUUGUUCACAGCACAUCAUAUUUUGGGUACACCAUUUUCCAGACCCUAUAAAGGUAGUUAAGUGGCAUUUUUACAGAGUUAAGUCUACCAGGCUGACCCUAUUUGAAGAUGUGAUACCAGUCAAUACAAAUGUUUAAAACUGGUCUCAAAUCAAUUUUAUAUUUUAUUUUUCUUCAUUGGUGGUAUUUUCAUUAACAGACAUAGAACCAGACACAUCUGAAGAUAUGUAGAUGAUGAGUCUGUAUAUUUAGAAAAAAAUCAUAACAGAGAUAAUUUAAUUAAAGAGGAAUAAUAUAAUUAAAUAUGUUAAGUCCUAGAAAAUGAACAAAGUGAUACUCUUAGGAACAUAUUUUGGGGAAGAAACUGAUACAACUGAUAAAUGUGUAGUUGACUGAUAUGUUUUAUAGUUAAUGUAAACUUCACAGUCUAAUAAUCACUAUUGUAUUAUAUUUAUUAUGGAAUUUAAUGAUAUUAAAUGAAUUUAAGCCUCAUACAGA